AAAGAAGAAGAGGAAGCGUUCUCCCAGGCCAUGUGCCUAGUGAUGUCCAGUGGGAUGCCCGUAUGCUUAAAGACAGCAUUUGAGCUCAGAGUUUUCGACAUUAUUGCGAAAGCCGGGGAAGGAGCUAAGCUCUCGUCGGCGGAGAUCGUAGCCCAAAUGCCCACCAACAACCCGGAUGCAGCCACCAUGCUCGACCGCAUCCUUAGGCUUCUAGCCAGCCACUCUGUGCUCAGUUGCUCCGUGGUGAGUGAUGAUAAUGGGUGCAAUGUCCAGAGACUCUACGGCCUUUCUCCUGUGUCAAAGUAUUUUGUGACUAAUGAAGAUGGCGUUUCACUGGGUCACUUUAUAGCUAUGGUACAAGACAAGGUCUUUGUAGAUACCUGGCCCCAACUGAAAGCUUCAAUUCUUGAAGGAGGAAAUGCAUUCAACAUAACCUAUGGAAUGCAUGCCUUUGAAUAUAUAGGCACGGACCUAAGGUUUAAUAAGGUUUUCAGCAAAGCAAUGCACAGCCAUUCAACUGUUGUUAUGAAAUCGAUCCUUGAGCAUUACAAAGGUUUUGAAAACAUUAAACAACUGGUAGAUGUUGGGGGUGGUCUUGGAGUGACCCUUAACCAAAUAACUUCCAAAUACCCACAUAUUAAGGGUAUUAAUUUUGAUUUGCCGCAUGUUGUAGAAAACGCUCCUUCUUAUCCAGGUGUUGAGCAUGUAGGUGGAGACAUGUUCCAAAAUGUUCCAUGCGGCGAUGCCAUAUUUAUGAAAUGGAUACUUCAUGACUGGACCGAUGAGCACUGCUUAAAGCUAUUGAAGAAUUGUUACAAAGCUAUUUCGAAUGAUGCAAAGGUUAUAGUUGUGGAUUCAAUUCUUCCGAUCAUGCCAGAGACUAAUUUUGCUGUGAAGAGUUCUCUUAUAUCAAACGUCUUGGCAUCUGAUACGAGCAUGUUGGCUGCACAUCCAGGGGGAAAGGAGCGGAGCCAACAAGAGUUCUUAGCCCUAACAACUGGCGCAGGAUUUAGCGGAAUCAAAUUUGUGGGUUGUGUUUGCAACUAUUGGAUUAUGGAGUUAUAUAAGUAG